UAAAAAAGAGCGGAGUGAAUCGUUUGCGAACUCCUAUGACGCAACUUCGCGGUCAAGCAUGGAAUCUACCUCGAGGCUCUGUGAUCUCAUCUCCGCCCAUCUCCGCCCCUACCUCGACCCCCAACCUGCUCGCUUGGCUAAGGAGACCGAGAGAGCUCUACUCCUCUCUCUUACCAUGGUUCGCCGAGAAAUCCAGCAGUGGAUGACCAAAUCGCCUAGUGAACCCGAGGAUAUGGGUGGAGGUUCAUACCUUAAUCACUGUUGUCACGACUCUUCGCUGCAAACAUUUGUGGGAGCACACCGAUGCCUUUGCAAUAUCAUCUCUGCAAUGGUGGCUUUCCUGAAUGCUGAUAGUCAUUUUGUUCGUCAUGCAGCUGGAAACAUUCUUUUAUCCAUCUCCCACUUCUUGAUCAAACAUGAACAUUUAUGGGCCCAGUUGCUUCAGUUGAUCUGGUUUAUUUUGGAAGAUGCGAUGUCAACAAUUUUUUCUUGCCCAGAUUUAUUAGCCCGAGCUGUUAUUCAUGUAGAUGACUGCUUGGUGCUGCAUGAACUAACUUCGGGAGUUAUUACAGAUCAAAAUUUACAGUCUGCAAGAUUUCCUGCACUGCUUAAAUCCUGGUUGUUAAAUGUGAAUCAGUUUAUGGUUGUGCAACUAUUUCAAACUUUGCGGAAUAUAUUGAAAUCAUUGAAACAUGAUUCUAAUGAUCUUGAAGAAGUAUUUAUCCAAUAUGCUGUUUCUUCUCUGAUAAAAAUGCCUUGGGAUUUAUUGGAUGAGAUCUUUAAUUGCUGUUGUACAAAUCAGCUAAGUUUUCGGCAGGUUGAUGUAUCAGAUAUUAGAAGCUCUCUCACAGGUGUGAAGGAUCUUCUUUUGGGAGCAAUACUUCAAUUAUGUUGUUCAAUUGUAGAGCCGCAUGAUUUUGAAGCUGAUGGAAACAGUCCCUUUAAAGAACUUUCAGUUUAUUUAAAGUUCAGCGAUUUAGUGCCUAAACUCCUUUCAUGGUGUUUCGUUUAUCAGUUGGGAAAUGGCAGAGAAUAUCUUUUUGAAUAUUUGAGACACAAAUCAUUGAUUAUGAUGAUCAGGUUUAGUUUUCACAGACACUGGAAAAACUCUCAUCCUGAAUCUUGGCUCAAAUUCCUUAACCAAUUUUUUGGAGAAAUUCUGCAUUGGUCCUUCUCAGGAUGUGAUGCCAGUUCUGAAAUAUGUCUAGAAGAGUCUCCAUUUUUUGCUAGUUCCCUGGAAGGAGACAAGUCUUAUACUAGACAUCUGCAGAGACUGGCUAUUUUCCUUCUUUUUAAAUGUUCUUUUACAAUGGCCUGUGCUGGUGAAACUAGUAAGAAAUGUUCUUGUAGAGAAGAAACUACUUCUUUUGGUUUGCAACUCUGCAGGAAACAAUGUCACUUGGAUUUAUUGGAAAUUUUUACAUGGCUUCAGAGAUGCUGCCCCUUGGAGAAGUUUCAGAACUGCAGAAACUAUUAUGAAUCUUGCAGCAGUUUUGCUAUAUCCUUUCUGCAGCUCUACAUGGAAGAGGAUGAUAUGUUUUUUAAAAUGCUGUUACAGUUGCUUGAUGCUCCAUUUUCUUCGUGGCAGAAAGAGAACAGUAAUAAAAUGGGAUCUAUUGGAGCAAAUAACGACAUUUUAUGCCAUUUUGCAAGUAUAUUUUGCCCAAUUCGUCUUUUCCACCUUUUCCUGCUACUGCUACACUAUGAUCACCUGGUCCUGGUUGAUUAUCUUAUCUCAAAAGAUACUGGUCUUCAUUGUUUGCAAUAUCUUUUGAGGUGCUUACGUUUGAUAUGCGACUCAUGGCCUGCCCUUGUACAAUUCUCUAAUUUUGAAAAUAAAAGUGAUAAUCAUCAUCAGAAAAGAAGAAAAAUUCAUCGAGACGAGGAUGAGAGUCCCACACUAAAGUCUUCAACAACUGCAUUCCGAAGACAAAUUUUGAGGAGACAUAAAAAUUUUCAAUGUACUUAUGAAGUCAGUGAUUCACAUAAUUUUGAAAAGGCCAAAGGGUGCUUACAUUCAUUAAAGAUAUCACUGGGAGAGCUUCAGAGGAAAUGUUUGUUUCCCUACAAUUCUAAACCUCUUCUCAAAAGAUAAUGAAUAUGGAAACCGUGGUCUCUUCUCUUUGAAAAACCUGGCAUUGUCUGAAACUCCUUUAUAGAAGGUAAGAUUAGGCGAUUAGCAUUGCCCAAGUUGGACAACUGUAUUGUUACUUGUUAGAUAUAUCGCCAGAAUAUAAGCAGCAGCAUUCAUUAAUAUUCUUUACAUGAAUUGUUAUGUGAUGGCUUGCAUUAAAGAAGAUUUAUAAAUGGCAAACUAGAGCUACAUCCAAAAGGAUUAGUUAUUUUAUUCUGUUUUCUAAUUGAUGCGCGUUCAAAAGCUGAAAUAAAGAACCUGGGAUAACAGUUCUCUUUCUUUUAUAAAACGUGGCUGAUAUGAAGGCAAACCAAGCAUAUGUAUAAAGUUGGACAAGUUCAUGAAUCUUUGUGUGCAUAAAAUAUUCUUAGUGAAACCCUUUUUAUCAUUUGCCUUAAUCUAAAAGGAUAAUGAGCUUUUCUUAUUUUUAGAUGCUACGAAAUUCAUGGCAUUAGAGAUUGAGAGUAUGUCUUAGCUUUACAUGAGUAUCCCA